AUGGACGAAAAGUCACCAGAGAUGCACUCUGCGACAAAAACCAAUCCAAACACUAAAACAAUAAAAGGUCCACAGGGCACCAAGCCACCAGAGAGCUUCAUUCUUACCAAUACUGUACUGAACACGUACGUGUAUGAGUAUCUUAAGCCACCAACAGAUGACACGUAUAAUAUGCUUGAGGCAAUCAGUGAACCACUAACAGAAGAAAUAAAGCACAAAAAAUUAAAAACAACAAAAAAGAACAAAACAGUCUUAAACAAUCUAAUAGGAUCACUUAUUGACACAGUAGACUUAUCCACAAUAGAAGUAACAGAUGAAGAGAAAAGGAGCAGAAGGAUAAACAACAAAUUUGAACAUCCACAGAGUAUAAAUGACGGUCUAACAACUAUUUUAAGCAGUAUACUAGAAGAAUCACCAACAAAAAACAAUGAAGAAACCGUUAAUUAUUUUGAAAUAUUAAAAAAAGUAGAAGAAAUGAACAGAACAAAUAAAAGCAAAAUACUGAAUAACAGGUCAGUUUAUUUAAGUCAUAUGUUCUAUCAGUCUUUAUUAGACAAGAUAGACAGCAACAUUGAGAAUUUAUUUAAAAAAUUAAAAAAGAAGAAGAAGAAGGAGGAUGACACGAAUUAUUGUCAGGAGCUAGAAGAUCUUUUAGAAAAAAGAAACAAUUUCAAAGAGAUAUGCCAAGAGAUUCCAAAAGAUUUAGAUGAGAUAAGAGAACCAACAGAUGUGGGAAUAGAAAGCAUAGAGGAUAUUUUAGAUGAAAAGGAUCUAGAAACCAUAAAGGACUUACUACCAAGUAAAUAUUUAGAAUCCUGGAUAAAUUAAAUGUAUAACAUUGCAUAGCACCUUGUGUAUAAUGCUUAAUUAUAAGAAUAAUUCUAGUUAUCUCAGCAUUAUUGCCACAGUAUAUUAUAAAUAAAAC